AUGACUCGAUCAACCAAGCCCGCAAGUAUCCAAUGCCUGCUCUCUGAGACCUCUUCUAUUCACCUCAGAGAGGACCGGAGAUCCCAUGUUGCUAAUACUGGUAUAGAAGGGGCCCGAGAAGAAGACUACCAUAAGAAACCUCGAUCAACAGAUUCUCCGCCAACCAAUAUACGGACGACACUUCAGAACACCAAGGCAACCCCCAAGAAAGGGGUGAGGAAGCGCAAGGCUUCUGAAAUGACCGACGAGGCUGACCCGGCCGCCCCCCCGCUUCUUGUUGCCUCAGUCCCCUCGACUGAGGCCCCCUCCAGCUGCGACCCCGACGUCCCCUCACCCCACCACCUCGAAGACGAGUACCUACUCAACCCAACGACAUCAUACUGCUUCAGCGGGUUGUUCUUGACUCUGGAUACGGACUUGUGGUAA